GCCAAAUCGAAGCUUGCAUUCAAUUUUGCCUUUGCAUUUCUGUUUUAGGGUUUGGGUCUUCGAAAUUUCUCUGAAGCUCCGUUCCUUUCCUUUGCGUUCAUUCUCAGUAUUCUUGCUCUUUGACAGCUAAUUUCAUCAGUUUCUUCGCAAUUCCUCUUCAGGUUCCUGUUUGAUUAAAGGAACCUGGGAAUGCUGAAACAUGUGCAUGCAAGUCAAGGCUUUCUUCUCUGAGGUUGAUGGGGUCAUUUAUCCAUCAAGGAUGCCCUGUUGCGUACUUCAUGAAAUUGGUUAUUUAAUUCGUCAACCAUACAGAUUGGGAUGCCAAAUACCCACUGCAGCUUGCAAUGCAGAAGAACAUCUAUACUCGAAGCACAGUGAUAAUGAAGAUGGUUGAGUUUUGUGUUUAAAUACUAGUAAUUCAUUAUUCCGUCCAGCGGCAGUUGCUGUGCCUAUUUUUUUUCUGCGGUAGUACAUUUGUCAUGGAGAAGAAAGGGGCUAUCUUGAUGCAACGUUAUGAAUUAGGAAGGCUGUUGGGGCAGGGAACCUUUGCCAAGGUUUACUAUGCCAGAGACAUUAAAACUGGCUUGUGUGUGGCUAUUAAAGUUAUUGACAAAGAGAAGAUCUCGAAGGUUGGGAUGAUUGAUCAAAUCAAGAGGGAGAUCUCUGUCAUGAGAAUAGUUAAGCAUCCGAACGUAGUUGAACUUUAUGAGGUUAUGGCAAGCAAAACUAAAAUUUACUUUGUCAUGGAAUAUGUCAAAGGUGGUGAGCUAUUCAAUAAGGUAUCCAAAGGGAAGCUUAAAGAAGGUGCUGCACGGAAAUUCUUUUGGCAGCUGAUCAGUGCUAUCGAUUAUUGCCACAGUAGAGGCGUAUGGCAUCGAGAUUUGAAACCAGAAAAUUUACUACUGGAUGAACAUGGUAAUCUGAAGGUUUCCGAUUUUGGGUUGAGUGCUCUUGUUGAAUCUAAAUGCCAAGAUGGGUUGCUCCAUACUACCUGUGGAACACCUGCUUACGUUGCUCCAGAAGUCAUUAACAGGAGAGGUUAUGAUGGAUGCAAAGCUGAUAUUUGGUCAUGUGGAGUGAUCUUAUUCGUUCUAUUGGCUGGUUAUCUCCCAUUUCAUGAUUCAAAUCUAAUGGAAAUGUAUAAGAAGAUUGGAAAAGGAGAAUUUAAAUUCCCCAACUGGUUUACGCCAGAGGCGCGCAGGCUAUUGUCGAAGAUUUUGGAUCCUAACCCAAAUACUAGGAUAUCCAUCGCCAAAAUAAUGGGAAGUUCUUGGUCAAGGAGGGGGUUGGAUGUGAAACCCCGAAUUAAAGCAGAAGAAGUGAAAGAUGUCGAUCCUUCAGAAGUCGAUGCAGUUUUCGGGUCUUCAACGGACGAGAGAGAUUCUGUUAGAGAGCUGAAGCAAUUAGUGGAAAAGCCAUCGAAUUUGAAUGCCUUUGACAUUAUCUCCUUAUCAGCAGGUUUUGAUUUGACAGGUUUGUUCGAGGAGACUACUGAUCAAAAGAAAGAAGUAAGAUUCACAUCAAACAAGCCUGCGCCCACCAUCAUCUCAAAACUGCAAGAUCUCGCAAAGUGUAUGAAACUGAAAAUAAUGAAGAAAGACAGAGGCGUAUUGAAGAUCGAAGGGUGUAAGGAAGGUCGAAAAGGACCUGUAUGCAUUGACGCCGAGAUUUUUGAGGUUGCCCCAUCAUUCCAUGUAGUCGAAAUGAAGAAAUCGAACGGAGAUACUCUGGAAUAUCAUAAGAUCAUGAAAGAGGAUAUAAGACCUGCUCUGAAGGAUAUUGUAUGGACCUGGCAAGGCGAGCAGCAAUAGCAAGAACAAGAAGUGCUACUACAACAGUGUCUUUGAGGUAAUAUACAUAUUCCAGUUUUAUCUGUUGUGUUAUUAUUAUAUCAUGGUUAGCUUAUUAUAGACCAUUUUGUAGUUAUGGGUUUUUCUUAAUUGUUGAUGUUAACAACAGCUAAGUAUGAAUCCAUUUUCUGUUGAAGUUAUUUUCUCCAUAUAUAUAUAUUUUGUAUUGAAUGAUUAGUAGAUCCUAAGCA